AAGGUUAUUCUAUUGUAGCCUGUGACUUCUGUCUAAUUACAAGUUAUUCCAAAUAGCUAGUUAGGAGGAACAUCAUCGUCUAAUUAAAACUGUUGAUAAAUUUUAAAGCGACGAAUAUGGCCGUGAAACAAAGUGCACAAGAGAUUGCGAGACCUGUUUACGAAAAUGGAGUUUGGAAAGGACCGAAAAUUAAUUUACCUGAGGGAUACUUUAGAAUAGGAGAAAGAGUUUACAGUCAAUUUAAAAAAUAUCCAGCUUUCGUAGGACAGAUUGAUAGUGCAACCGGAAAAAAAGAUACGUACAAUUGUAUGGGCAUGAGAAGUAUAAAGUGCGCAGUAUGGCUAAAAAAACAGGGCAUAAGUCGUGGAGAUGUCGUUGGUCUGUGUUCAAAAAAUCAUUCGGACGUUUGUAUGCCGCUUUUUGCUUCUUUCUAUUUAGGAGCUAUUUUCAAUCCUUGGUGGCAUACUUACUUAGAUCAAGAACUGGUGGCGUAUUUUAUAAACACAACAAAGCCAAAAGUCUUAUUUGUUGACGAAGACAAUGCGGAAAUAAUCAUCAAGGCAAUGAAUAAAAUUGAUUAUUCAUUUCCUGUAGUUAUUUUUGGAGAAAAAACUGGGUUACUAUCUUUCAAAGACAUUUUGCAAGCUGUAAAUGAUGAUGAGGUUAUCAAAUUCGAAUGCACUAAAAUAGAAGCUGAUGAACCAGCGUUAAUAAUGUGUACUUCCGGAACGACAAGCUUUCCAAAGGAAGCCUUACAUUCUUACCAAUCAUUUGCUAAUAUGAUAAGUCAUUACACGACUAAAUCUGCAUCGAAAAUAUUCCUCGGGUUAUACGGAAUCUGUUGGAUAUCUGCAUUAUCGACAGUCUUCCGGUCAAUUUUAUGCAGAGCUACUAUGAUUGUUUCGCAUAAUUUAAAAGACGAAGAAAUUUGUUGGUUAGCAGAAAAAUAUAAGGUAACCCACAUAUGGAUAGGAACACCAGCAGUUAAUAGGUUAAGUAAAAUAAAAUGCAAAUAUGAUGUUUCAUUAGUCGAGAGGGUAACCUAUAGUGGCGCAGCCACUCAUAAAGAGGUCAUUGAAUCUUUUCAUAGUUUAUUUAAAAACGCAGAUAUUUAUGUUCGUUAUGGCGGGACUGAAUUCGGACCAGUGAUAGUAGGAAAAGUUACUUCUGAUAAAGUAACUUCAUGUGGGAAAGUAUUUUUCAAUACAGAAGUAAAAGUAGUCGAUCCAGACAGUGGAAAAAUUCUUGGACCAAACGAAAAUGGAGAGCUGUACUGCCGAACUCCAAUGUUAAUAACUCGUUAUUGGAAUAAUCUAACAGUCACUGAAGAAACUAUUGAUUCAGAGGGAUGGUAUCACACUGGAGAUUUGGGAUAUUAUGACAUAGAUGGUAAUUUCUUCAUUGUCGAUAGAAUAAAAGAAUUGAUAAGAAAUUACCUUCAUUACAUACCACCGGUAAUCAUCGAAAGUGUCGUUCAAGAUCUACCGGGAGUCGCAGAAGUAGCCGUAGUCGCUAAACCAAGCUUCGAAUAUAAUGAACUUCCGAUUGCAUUUAUCACUAAAGUUUUCGGAAUGCAAGUUACUGAGGCCGAAAUUGAUGAAGCUUUAGAGAAGAAACUGUUCGAUAGAUUAAAACUUAAAGUUGACAUUUGUUUUUUGGAAAAAAUGCCUUAUACAAGUUCUAAAAAAAUAGAUAGGAAAAAACUUCGCGUUAUUGCGAAUGCUUUAGCUUUGGCUGAAGAAUCGAAGAGCUGUUAUAGCUAAAAGACGCUCGGGUGUAAUGGAGUACCCUAAAUUCAUUAUUUCGAAGUGAUUUUAAACUAUUACAGUUGUUUUCAAACAAACUGAAAAGCCUGGAAAUUAUUUUCGUUUUUUUUUUUCUUUGACGCUGUUAUAUAUUCAGUCUCUAACAUUUUUUACUAAAAUUGACACGUGAAUUUAUAUAAAAUAUUCAUUUACUGUUGUUAAAAUAAAAACAAUAAUUUUUUUGGCGCUACGACUUUUUAAAGAUAUUUUGUAGGACGUCGGCUUUUUUAGCUUUUAGAGCUCUCAGAAAGUUAUGGUUUGCAUUGAGCUAUGAAAAUUAAAAAAAUCUAAUAGUAUAUUACAUACCUAGGCCAGUAAAAUAAGAAAAGUCUCAGAGCACAUGUAAUUGUUAGCCGAGGCGAAGCCGAGGCUUACAAACAUGUGGUCUGAGGCUUUCUUUUUUACUGGCCAAGGUGCGUAUACUAUUUUUCUGCUCGACGAAGCCGGAAAGUUGCAACUUCGUUCAGGGCAGCGGCCCGAAAGUUGCUACUUUCCGGCCGGAGGGCAGAAAAAUAAUUAAAAAACAAGCGAUUCCUAUAGUAUAUUACACACCUAGGGCAGUAAAGUAAGAAAUGUAUCAGAUCACAUGUUUGUGUCGGCUUCGCCUCGGCCAACAAUUACAUGUGAUCUGAGACAUUUCUUACUUUACUGCCCUGGGUGUGUAAUAUACUAUUUACGAUUAUUUUUGAGAACGCAUAGCUUCGGAUAGAAAUAAAUUAACUCUAGUCGUAAUAAAUGAAUUUAUAAACGCUAGAGUAACUUAAAAAUUUACAGCCACCACAUAAUAGUUAUACUUUUUUUUUAUUAUGAUAAUUUUUUUUUUUUGCAUACAAGUAUAGCUUAAAAUUCUAAUAUUAUCUUUCGUUUUCAUACAAAAUAUUUAAAAAAUCAAAAAUUUAUAAAAUCAUAUUACUUUGUCAGCAUUUUAUAAAUUUAUCAUUGUAUAUUAAAACAAUUAAUAUUAUUUAAAAUUACAACCACUGCUUUUUCUGAAAAUAUUCUCUCAAUACGGGUGGCAUACAUUUUACAAUGUUUUGAGCUGUGUCACAAACACAAUGGCCUUCUGCAAAGAAAAUAACAUUCAUAAUUAUUUAGGUAUCUCAUCCACGUAAUUUCGAGCUUAUAUAAAAUUUUCAUAAACACUUGUAUUUAUAAUAGACUUUUAUAUUUUCUUACUUAUAUCAUCGCAAUUUUUAACAGAAUUUACUGUAUCAUCGUCUAAGUGUAAGUCCCUGGACAUGUGGGGUAGUAAAAAUAAGAAAGUUUUGGCAUCAAAAUAACCCGCAGGAGUAAUCUAUUAAAUAAAUAUAAUUUAGAUCGAUUUUAUAUAGUACUUACUGAUUUUUUUUAUCUAUACUUGAACUAUUUUCCACUAUAUCUGCACGAAAAGUUUAAAUUCUUGUAUUGUUUAGAGGGAAGAAAAUCUUUCAUUUCUUUUAUGAGAGAACAAAUGAUAAAAAUUAGCGCAUGCGCCAUUCUUCCCACAAACAGGCAAAAAUUUAAGCUUUCAGGUACAGAUCUGAUGAAAAAUUGUAUACAGGCCACGGAAGAAGGUAGUCCGGGUCGAAAAAAUUGAUCUGUUUUAAAUAAAAUAAAAAUUUGUAAUCAUUUUUAUUUUUUAUUUGUAUUUAUUUAAUAUGUGAACGUCUCUAGAUUGAAAUCCUACUUUUUUCUCAU